GUGCCGGCGGGCUGUGAGCGGCUGCUCGGGCUCCGCGCCCCGCCCGCCCGCGGCCCCGGCCCCGCCGCCGCUCCCGCACCUGCCGCGCUCGCCCCGGGCCCGCCGCCGCCAUGGCGGACCCCGCCGAGUGCAGCAUCAAGGUGAUGUGCCGCUUCCGGCCCCUCAACGAGGCCGAGAUCCUGCGGGGCGACAAAUUCAUCCCCAAAUUCAAGGGCGACGAGACCGUGGUCAUCGGGCAAGGGAAGCCCUAUGUCUUUGACAGGGUGUUACCCCCUAACACCAGCCAGGAGCAAGUUUAUAAUGCCUGUGCCAAGCAGAUUGUCAAAGAUGUUCUGGAAGGUUACAAUGGCACAAUCUUUGCUUAUGGCCAGACCUCAUCAGGAAAAACACACACCAUGGAGGGGAAGCUGCACGACCCUCAGCUGAUGGGAAUCAUCCCCAGGAUUGCCCACGACAUCUUUGACCACAUCUACUCCAUGGAUGAGAACCUGGAGUUCCACAUCAAGGUUUCCUACUUUGAGAUAUAUUUGGACAAAAUAAGGGACCUACUUGAUGUGUCAAAGACAAACCUUGCUGUACAUGAAGAUAAAAACAGAGUUCCCUAUGUUAAGGGCUGUACAGAAAGGUUUGUGUCCAGUCCUGAAGAAGUUCUGGAUGUCAUUGAUGAAGGGAAGGCCAACAGGCACGUGGCUGUGACAAACAUGAAUGAGCACAGCUCGAGGAGCCACAGCAUCUUCCUCAUCAAUAUCAAACAGGAGAAUGUGGAAACAGAGAAAAAACUCAGUGGGAAGCUGUACCUGGUGGACCUGGCUGGCAGUGAGAAGGUCAGCAAAACUGGAGCAGAGGGGGCUGUUCUGGAUGAAGCUAAAAAUAUCAAUAAGUCUUUGUCUGCCCUGGGCAAUGUGAUCUCAGCCUUGGCAGAGGGAACUAAAACCCACGUUCCCUACAGAGACAGCAAGAUGACCAGGAUCCUGCAGGAUUCCCUGGGGGGCAACUGCAGGACCACCAUUGUCAUCUGCUGCUCCCCCUCCGUGUUCAACGAGGCUGAGACCAAAUCCACCCUGAUGUUUGGCCAGAGGGCCAAGACCAUCAAGAACACAGUGUCUGUGAACCUGGAGCUGACAGCAGAGGAGUGGAAGAAGAAAUAUGAGAAGGAGAAGGACAAGAACAAGAGUUUAAAGAAUGUUAUCCAGCACCUGGAGCUGGAGCUGAACAGGUGGAGGAAUGGUGAAGCUGUGCCUGAGGAGGAGCAGAUCAGUGCCAAGGACCAGAAGAACCUGGAGCCUUGUGAUAACACCCCAAUUAUUGAUAACAUCACCCCUGUGGUUUCCAGCAUCUCCACAGAGGAGAAGCAGAAAUAUGAGGAGGAGAUUGCCAGUCUCUACAGGCAGCUGGAUGAUAAGGAUGAUGAAAUCAACCAGCAGAGCCAGUUGGCUGAAAAAUUAAAGCAGCAAAUGUUGGAUCAAGAGGAGCUUCUGGCCUCCACGAGGAGGGAUUAUGAGAAGAUCCAGGAGGAGCUGACCCGGCUGCAGAUCGAGAAUGAAGCAGCCAAGGAUGAAGUGAAGGAGGUGCUGCAAGCCCUGGAAGAGCUGGCUGUCAAUUAUGACCAAAAAUCCCAGGAAGUGGAGGACAAAACCAGGACUAACGAACAGCUGGCAGAUGAGCUGGCACAGAAAAGUAGUGCCCUGACAGCCACCCAGAGGGAGCUGGGCCAGUUGCAGGAGCUCAGCAACCACCAGAAGAAGAGAGCCACAGAAAUCCUGAACCUGCUGCUGAAGGAUCUGGGGGAGAUCGGGGGAAUCAUCGGCACCAACGACGUGAAAACCUUGGCAGAUGUGAACGGGGUGAUCGAGGAGGAGUUCACCAUGGCCAGGCUCUACAUCAGCAAGAUGAAAUCAGAGGUGAAGUCUCUGGUGAACAGGAGCAAGCAGCUGGAGAGUGCCCAGAUGGACUCCAACAGGAAGAUGAACGCCAGCGAGAGGGAGCUCGCAGCCUGCCAGCUCCUCAUCUCCCAGCAUGAAGCCAAGAUCAAAUCCCUGACAGACUACAUGCAGAACAUGGAGCAGAAGAGGAGGCAGCUGGAGGAGUCCCAGGACUCCCUCAACGAGGAACUGGCCAAGUUACGUGCUCAAGAGAAAAUGCACGAAGUCAGCUUCAAGGACAAGGAGAAGGAGCACCUGACACGACUCCAGGAUGCAGAGGAGAUGAAGAAGGCUCUGGAGCAGCAGAUGGAGAGCCACAGGGAAGCCCACCAGAAGCAGCUGUCCAGGCUGAGGGAUGAAAUCGAGGAGAAGCAGAAAAUCAUCGAUGAAAUCAGGGACAUGAACCAGAAGCUGCAGCUGGAACAAGAGAAGCUGAGUGCUGACUAUGAUAAAUUAAAAAUUGAGGACCAGGAAAGAGAAAUGAAACUGGAAAAGCUCAUACUCCUUAAUGAUAAAAGGGAACAAGCAAGAGAAGACCUUAAAGGACUGGAGGAAACAGUGGCAAGGGAGCUUCAGACUCUUCACAAUCUGCGCAAACUUUUUGUCCAGGAUCUUACCACCCGUGUUAAAAAAAGUGUUGAACUGGACAGUGAUGAUGGAGGUGGAAGCGCUGCGCAGAAGCAGAAAAUUUCCUUUCUUGAGAACAACCUGGAACAACUUACAAAGGUUCACAAACAGCUGGUACGUGAUAAUGCAGAUCUUCGUUGCGAGCUUCCUAAGCUGGAGAAACGCCUUCGAGCUACGGCAGAGAGAGUCAAGGCCCUGGAGAGUGCACUGAAGGAGGCCAAGGAGAAUGCCAUGCGCGACCGCAAGCGCUACCAGCAGGAGGUGGAUCGCAUUAAGGAGGCCGUGAGAGCCAAAAACAUGGCCAGGAGAGCACACUCUGCCCAAAUUGCCAAGCCCAUCCGCCCCGGUCACUACCCAGCGUCGUCUCCGACGGCCGUCCACGCCAUCCGAGGGGGAGGGAUGUCCAACUCCAGCUACUACCACAGCACCAAAUAAACCAGAGGCCAGUUCCACUUAGCAUGUUAAGGACUGUCAUUAAGCCACAUUAGUUUCUUUUUCUGCCCCUCUCCAACCACGUCCUGCCCAUCCUGCGCUUCCCACGGCUCCAGGUACUCCGAGCUUCGUAGGAUCUCCACGUGUACAGAAGUGUCCGGCUCAGCUCCUCCAGAUCCUUGUACAAUUUCUGGACCAUUCCCACCUCAGUAAGGACGAUAGGGAGUCUGCCACUCCGAAUUCCACGAGCCCUUGGCGCUGCUUAGGUUGGGGCUUCUCCACUCUGAGUGAUUUUUUUUUGGUUUUUUUUGUUUUUUUUUCCCGAGUCCUCCAUUGGCAUCAGUAAUUCUCAACUUCUGGCAUCGAGGAAUUAAUUAUUCAAUGACCAAGUGCCAUCAAAGGCAGGUGAUUGUGCUCUGUCAUGACUGAUUUCCUGUAUAAUAUACAUAUUAUUUUAUAUUUUUAGGGGAUGAAAAUGUGCUGCUAUGUGGUUUAAUUUUACUGCUUAACAUUUUCAGAAGGAAAUUUCCCCAAAGAAGCAUUUGUAAUAUCCUGAUUUAAAACACAAAAAGAAAAAAAAAAAAAAUCUUUGGACUGUGUAAAAUAACCUUUAUUGCAGUACCUGGUAAAGAACAAAUGGGAUGCAGAGAAAUCUGUUAGUAUAGACCUAGGAUUUGAAGUUUGGUAGUUCCAUGAAUUUAUCUGUGUGACCUGUUUUAAAAUUAAGCUCCUGUUUCCUUGUAGUUCUCCCUACAGUGGUGAGUUUUCCUGGAAAGGGAUGGCUUAGCCACAUGUUUGUAAGAGUUGUUCCCUAGGAAUUUUUGAAGGAUUUCAGAAUGCUGUGGAAAUCUUGCCUUGGAAAAUCCAACAAGCAUCUCCCUCCUCCCCCUUUCCCCAGACAAGCCCCGAUCUGUUCACACCGGAAUUCACAUCCCGGAGGGAACAAAGGAAAAUAAAAUCCUCCAAACCCUCCCUUCAAAAAAUCCAAAAGGAGGUGAGAGCUGCACACUCGAGCUGUCCUUUGCAGACCAAAUUUGGGAUUUUUUUUUUUUUUUUUUUUUUGCUGGGAUGUGAGGAGCACAUUGCCAGGGGAAGGGAAUGUCUUUCCAAGCCACCAUAUCCACUCAUCCUACGGAAGGGAAGGAAAAGCCUUCCUUGGAUCUCUCAGACAGCAAAUUUCAAUCUUCCCAGCAAGGGGGCACUGGAAUUGCUCUGGGAAAGUUCUGCUGGCAGGCAGAAGGUGCUGCUCCUCCUCCUCCUCCUCCCUCCACAUCUCCUGGGGCAGGUGGGACUCCAGGAAAUUGGAAUUCCAGGAAGGCUCCGGCCAAGCGUAGCCCUCUGGUCUUCUUUUUGCUCUUCUUUAAUUUGAGAUCGAUUGGGAUUUUUUUUUUUUUUUUAAUUUCUGAAUGUGUAGGUGUAGAACUCUUCAGUUCCAUAGAGUGUUUUGGAAGAUUGUGAGUUGACUUUAGAUAUUUUUUUCUACUGAAAUUAGGGUGUUGCAAAGUAAGUUGAACUUAAUUUAACUGGUUUUGUUUUUUUGUUUUUGUUUUUGUUUUUUUUUUUAAUGUUGCACUAUUUUGGGAGAGCAUUUUGCUAAACAUAUUUAAUGAAGUUGCAGAUUUGCAUGUAUUUAAUUUAUUUUGUAUUUUCCAAAGUUUUUUAUAUUUUCUUUCGUUACAUGCAUGUGCACUGCCAGAAGAAUGAACUGUGAACUUGCCAUAUGCAAUCUUUAAUAAAAUCACUAACUCAGAACUACUCUGUGCUAUCUUACCAGCUGCUCAGAGCUGAGGUUUCUAUUAGGAAUUAAUAAUCCUCUUGUUUUGGUUCUAGGAAAAGAUCCCAAGCUUAUUUGCUGUCGAAGGUUUUUGUACUGUAUGCUAAUUUUUUGUUGUGUCUCUCAGAGUUUGGUAUGGAAUUCUGUUGUAAAUGCAGCAUUCAUGACAACAAAAAGGUGCAUCACCAGGAAUUUUUGGGGGGACAGCUGUGCCAGCUCCCUGCAGCUUGAGGGAGAAGGGAACUUGGACAUCUCUUCCUCGUGCUGGUGCUGAUCAGCCAGUCAGUGCCACCAGCAGCAAAACGACGAAAUUUCUCCAAGUUCCCUUCUACACCAACACUGCAGCAGGAAUUUCAGCAAUGUCCCACAGAUGCCUUAGGCUAAAAUCCUCAAAAUGAAAUACCUGAGGUAUUUGAUAAUUGGAGAUGUUGAAUUCUCAGCUGAACAUACUCUGCUUGUAUCGAUUCUUAUUUUUGGAGCCUAUUUUAAUUAGGCAACUUCAGUUUGUAUGGCGUGUUGUAUAUUCAACUUUUGUACCAUUUUUAAAGCUUUCACAUUUUAUAUCUGGAAAGGAAAACCACACAUCUGCUCUGCAGGGAUCAGAACCUGUCUCUUGCUGUUUCCUGACCCCAUCUUCCUUUCUUUGCUCUUUGAGUGUUGUGUUCUAUUUAUUCCAGGCUCAUUUUUAAAGUUGUGGUUUGUACAGCGCAAAUGAAAUUUCACAUCUCAAAAAUGUCAUGCAUGGGACAAAUUGGGGUGGAAAUACCAUUCCUGAAUGGAAAACGGAUUUCAGAUGGAACUAAAGUGCAUAUUGUUCUUUUUGCUAGUAAUUGAAAAGUAUUUCUGGCUCACUUGAGCUUUUCUUAAUGAUAUGUUCAAAUAUCUUGUGUUUGUCCUUGAGUUCACGUUUCAUCGACUUGUUUUCUGGAAAGCAAGGAAAGUUUUAAGCUUGGAAAAACCUUAGCUGAUGCAUUUUUAAGUUUUGUAUUAAAGCCAACAAGGGUGAGAGUUGGAUUAUCCUGAAAACUUAAAAAUAAGUCACCAAAAAAGUUUUUGCUACAACAGUUCCUGCCCACAGAGCCUUGAGCAGCUUUUCAAUUUCACUUUAUAAAGCCUGAUGGACUAAGAGCCACAUUUGCCUGAAAUCUUUAUAAAUUGUAGGGUCAUGGAAUGGUUUGGGUGGAAGAUCAGCUGAUUUCACACCCUGCUAUGGGCAGGGACACCUUCCACUAUUCCAGGUUACUCCAAGCCCCAUCCAACCUGGCCUUGGGCACUUCCAGGGAUUCAGAGGAAGCCACAGCUACUCUGGGCCUCCCCACCCUCACAGAAUUCCUUCCCAAUAUCCCAUCCAACCCUGCCCUAAGGCUUAAAAAAAAAAAAUAAAUAAACAAAAUCAAGAAUUUUAACUUGAACUUGAUUUUAUUUGACGGCGACGAAAGUCCAAAAGAAAAGGGCUCAUCAGCUUCCCGUUGCUGGAGGAGAAAUACCUCACACAACCACGACUGAAGUACUCCUCCAUGGAAAGGGGGUUAAAAAAGGGAAAGAAAUGGUCAGGAUAAUCUGAAUCUCCCCUUGCUCUGAGUUGUGUCCUGUCUGUGCCUGCAGGAACCGCGCCCCGGCCCCAUCCGCUGUGCGGGAUGGCAUUCUGUACCUUUCCCUGUCUCCUCUGUAAAGUGUGUAACGUGUACUGCAGAUGUGUAUCUCUGGGCUCUAUGUAUCUUUACAGUAGUGUUCAAUUUAGGAGAAAAAAAAAAAAAAAAAAAAGAAAA